UUAUAGCUUAAAGGAUUCUUAUAUGACAUCCGUGAUGCUAGCGAUGCAGGCCUUUCACAGCCUUGAAGCUGUCAAUAUAAGAACAGAACGUAGCAACACUACGUAGCAACACAACCCUGCAAACAUCCGAACCAGACUGGAGACCGGACCGCUGAUUGCGUCAUAGUCUGCAGCUAAAGAAUGAGACGACAACAAGUCGCUUGUGUCAUCGCCAUGCUCGUCCUGCUGGGCUCCGACCUGGGGUCCUCGCCGUGGACGGACCGUCCCAUCCACGCCGACGAGCCCUUCCUGUUCACGUGGAACGCCCCCACCGAGCUAUGCGACCUUCACUUCGGCCUUCCGCUCGACCUCUCCCACUUCCACUUGGUGAGCAGCACGCUGAGGACGGCCACCAACCAGAGCGUCUCCAUCUUCUACAUCGACCGCUUCGGUAUCUUCCCGUACGUGGACGAGGACACGGGCGAGUUUGUGCAAGAUGGUCUACCUCAGCUGGUGGACCUUGAGGAACACCAUGAAGUCGCUGAAGGUCAUGUGGAAUUCUACAUCCCGGUCGACGAGCCGGGACUCGCCGUGCUGGACUUUGAAGAAUGGAGACCCCAGUGGGCGAGGAACUGGGGGAGCAAAGACAUCUACCGGCAGAUUUCCAUCCAAAGAGUCAAACGGAAUUCAACGUUAUCCGACGACGAAGCGGAAGAACGCGCUAAGAUGUUGUUCGAACGCGCCGCCAAGAGGUACUUCCUGCGUUCCAUUCGCAUUGGGAAGCGUCUACGACCCCAACGACUGUGGGGGUACUACCUUUACCCCGACUGCUACAACUACGACUACAACCAGGACUUGGAUACCUUCACCGGGGAAUGUCCCGCCUUGGAGAAAACACGCAACGACGAGCUAAUGUGGCUGUGGCGGGAAUCCACCGCGCUCUUCCCGUCCAUCUACCUGGAAGUGGUUCUCCGGGAGUCGGCACAAGCGCGUCUUUACGUGCGGCAUCGACUCCGGGAGGCGAUGAGGGUGUCUGCGCUCGCCGACGCCCCGUACGCGAUCCCGGUGUACGCCUACAUCCGCCCCGUGUACAAGGACAGCACCGACGACUACAUGUCCGAGGUGGAUCUGGUCAGCACCAUCGGGGAGGCGGCCGCUCUGGGGGCCGCCGGUGUCGUGGCCUGGGGUGACAUGAAUGUCACAAACAGUGAGGAGUCCUGUCUGGACGCCUGGCGCCACCUGUAUCACGUCAUGAACCCGUACAUCCUCAACGUCACCACGGCAACCAAGAUGUGCAGCGAGGCUCUGUGCCAGGGUCGAGGCCGCUGCGUGAGGAAGCGCUGGGAUGACGACGUCUUCCUCCACCUGGACCCACGCCGCUUCCGGAUCCAUCGCCAGCGCCCCGGCGGCCCGCUCGCGGUGCGCGGGGGCGGGCUCUUGCAGGAUGACGUGAUGUGGUUCGACCGCCAUUUUGAUUGCAUGUGCUACGGCCAAGGGGCGUGUCGCUCCGUUAAGGUCCUUAACGACAUCCAGGAGGCCGCCUUCGAAGCGAGGAGCGGCUCGGAUGGAUCAUCUCCAUGGCGAUACGCCUUGAUGCUAACCGUCCUUGCCAUGGUGUCGUUCUUCUGACCUUGAAGGGUGUAAAGGUCAAAGGGGGGGGGGGGGUUCGACUCCUUUCCAAAUUUGGAACCCCAUUUUUAAGCCCCAGUGGGCACCACUACCACCCUUAAUGCUCAAUGCUGAUGAUGAAACUAAAUAAAACUAAAUUAUUAAAACUAAAUUCAUUCAUUUUAUACCGCUUUUUCCUCACUGGUGGCCAGCCAAUCACAGGGCACAUAUAGACAAACAACCAUUCACAUUCAUACCUAUGGACAAUUUGGAGUCGCUAAUUAACCUAGCAUGUUUUUUUUGGAAUGUGAGAGGAAACCGGAAUAACCGGAGAAAACCCAACAUGCAAACUCCACACAGAGAUGCCCGAGGGGUGGAAUUGAACCCUGGUCUCCUAGCUGUGAGGUCUGCACGCUAACCACUAUACCGCCGUGCCGCCUAAAACUAAAUUAUUAAAAAACUAAAACUAA